CCAAUAAUAACAUCUGCAGGUGUCAACGAUGCGCUAUAUUUGUAUUUGUAGUGUCCACCUUCAGACAUGCCACCAAUCCCAACAAUGCUAGAUGCUGAAGCUCUCUCUCUAAUCGAGUCCAUUGAACGGCACCAUAACGACCUUUCAACUUUUCAGAUUCCUCGUCUGAGAGCUUGUACAGGUCCUUUGCCCACGCAACAAGCAUGGGCUGCGGAGGUAAGGGAGGACAUUGAAGGUCUGGCAAGGCAAAUCGAGGAGCUGGAUGUCCUGGUUGAUGACCACAGGACUGAAAAGGCGAGGAGAGAGCUGAGGAAAAGGGCUGAAGUGUUUCGUGAUUCAUUAGUCAAUCUACGCAAAGACUCUCGGGCAGCAUUGCUAGCGUCGAAACAUGCAAUCGACUCCCAAAGUCGAUCACGGCGAGAGGAGUUGUUGAGGUCCCCUGCCAUUUGGCAGAAAAGUACAAGCUCCUCGAGCGAGAAAGUCACCGAAGACGUACUCAUGAAAGCCAACCAUGAUGUCACAGAAGCACUGCAACGAACAAUUGGACUCAUGCAGAAAGAGCUCGAGCGCAGUGUCUUGUCAAGUCAACUACUAGGCAAGUUCCUCGCAGUACCAUUUUUCUCUAAUACCUAUUGUCCAUUUCACACAGAAUCCUCUACUGCAACUAUCCAAUCCGCAUCCACAACGCACGACAAGCUCGAUCUCAUCCUCGGCACCUCCAAACAACUUAUUACCGCACUUGAAAAGACAGACUGGCUCGACCGCAUCCUUAUUAUUGCCGGUCUCGUGUUUUUCGGCCUUGUGGUCCUCUUCAUCCUGAAGCAGCGCAUCAUCGACCGCGGGUUACGUAUUGCCUUUUUCUGGACAAGAUUAUUACCAAGCUCUACCUCGAGUACGCGCUCGGUGGUGCAGAAGGCUGGGGAGGUUGUAACGAGUGUGUCGGCUGCCACUACUACUGUGUCAGCCAUACUGGUAUCGUCGAUAGGUGGACAGAUAGAACCCAGCAUAGACAUACUUGAAUCCCCUAGUUUUACAAUAUCGGCUACGGAGUCAUGGACUACUGGACAGCAUAGCAGCUCAGGAGACGCACAUGUUGAGUUAUGA